AAUCCCGGGUGCUGCCCCUUCUUAAGCCCGCGGAGCCUCUAGCUGCCCCUCACUCGACUCUCCCGCCAGUCUCUCUCUCGCACGAUGGCCUCGGCGCUGAGCUAUGUCUCCAAGUUCAAGUCCUUCGUGAUCUUGUUCUUCACCCCGCUCCUGCUGCUGCCACUCAUCAUUCUGAUUCCCGCCAAGUUUGUCAGGUGUGCCUACGUCGUCAUCCUCAUGGCCAUUUACUGGUGCACAGAAGUCAUCCCUCUGGCUGUCACCUCCCUCAUGCCUGUCUUGCUUUUCCCACUCUUCCAGAUCCUGGACUCCAAGGAGGUGUGUGUCCAGUACAUGAAGGACACCAACAUGCUGUUCCUGGGUGGCCUCAUGGUGGCUGUGGCCGUGGAGCAUUGGAACCUGCACAAGAGGAUCGCCCUGCGGACGCUCCUCUGGGUGGGGGCCAAGCCUGCACAGCUGAUGUUGGCCUUCAUGGGCGUCACGGCCUUCCUGUCCAUGUGGAUCAGCAACACGGCCACCACAGCCAUGAUGGUGCCCAUCGUGGAGGCCAUGCUGCAGCAGAUGGAAGCCACCAGCACAGCCACUGAGGCCAGCCUUGGGGCACUUGAGCUGGUAGACAAAGACAAGGCCAGCGAGUUGCCAGGGAACCAAGUGAUUUUUGAAGGCCCCGUCCUGGGGCAGCAGAAAGACCAUGACAGGAAGAGCAUGUGCAAGGCCAUGAACCUGUGUGUGUGCUAUGCCGCCAGCAUCGGGGGCACUGCCACCCUGACUGGGACGGGACCCAAUGUGGUACUCUCGGGCCAGAUGAAUGAAUUGUUUCCUGACAGUAAAGACCUUGUGAACUUCGCCUCUUGGUUUGGAUUCGCCUUCCCCAACAUGCUGAUAAUGCUGCUGCUCACCUGGCUGUGGCUCCAGUAUAUUUACCUGAGAUGCAAUUUUAAAAAAGCCUGGGGCUGCCUGCUGGAGAAGGGGAAUGAUGAAGCUGCCUACAAGAUGCUGCAGGAGGAGUACAGGAAGCUGGGGCCCUUCUCUUUUGCGGAGAUCAACGUCCUGAUCUGCUUUGUCCUGCUGGUCGUCCUGUGGUUCUCUCGCGACCCUGGCUUCAUGCCUGGCUGGCUGUCUGUCGCCUGGGUGGAGGGUGAGAGAAAGUACGCCACUGACGCCACUGUGGCCAUCUUUGUGGCCACUUUGCUAUUCAUUCUGCCUUCACAGAAGCCCAAGUUCAACUUCUGGAGCCAGACUGAGGAAGAAAGGAAAACUCCGUUUUAUCCCCCUGCACUGCUGAAUUGGAAGGUGACCCAGGAGAAAGUGCCCUGGGGCAUUGUGCUGCUACUAGGGGGUGGAUUUGCUGUGGCUAAAGGAUGUGAGGCCUCAGGGCUGUCCGAGUGGAUGGGGAAGCAGAUGGAGCCCUUGCACUUAGUGUCCCCCACAGCCAUCACCCUCAUCUCAUCCUUGCUUGUUGCUGUGUUCACUGAGUGCACAAGCAAUGUGGCCACCACCACCCUGUUCCUGCCCAUCUUUGCCUCCAUGUGCUGUGUUUCCCCCCAGUCUCGUUCCAUUGGCCUCAACCCGCUGUAUGUCAUGCUGCCCUGUACCCUGAGUGCGUCCUUUGCCUUCAUGUUGCCUGUGGCCACCCCACCAAAUGCCAUCGUGUUUGCCUAUGGACACCUCAAGGUUCCUGACAUGGUGAAAACAGGAUUCAUGAUGAAUAUAAUUGGAGUCUUCUGUGUGUUUCUGGCAGUCAACACAUGGGGACGGAUCAUAUUUGACUUGGAUCAUUUCCCUGACUGGGCUAACGUGACACACACUGAGACUUAGGAAGAGCCACAAGACCACGCACACAGCCCCGCCCUCCUGAAGACUACCAAACCUUCUGGCAUACCUUGCACAGAGUUUUGGGGCUCACACCCCAAAGUGACCCAAUGAUGCCUAUACCCCACCAGGCCAGCAGGCCACCUCCUCCUUCAGACCCAGAUGCAGAGAUGGGGACCGGCGAUCGGAGGGCAGGCUUGGGAAGUGAAGGAGCCUACAGGAGGCUGCUGGUGCCCGUCUCUCUCCAAGCCCUGCCAUCUUCUGUGGGAUGGCGGGCAGCGGAGGGGCAGGGACGCAGGCCCAUGGACCUCCUCAGCCUCAAGCAGCCACCAUGCUGGCCUGCACCGGGCUCUGGUUUUCACUUGCUUAGUCCCAGGGAGUUUAAAUGGGAAUCAGAGCCCCAGGUUGGAAGCUAAGAAAACAAGCUACAGCUCCUGUGCCUCUUCUGGCUCACCUUGGGCCACCUAAGAUCAUCUCUGUCACUGUGAAGGGGACACCCCAGUCAGGGGCAGAAUGCUUGGUCUUGGGCAGCUCCCACUACUGAUCGUGCGAAUCAGACCCUCCUGCAGACUCUCAGAACUGCUUGUGUGGCCACCACCAAAAGACGAGGACUUUGGCUUGCUAACUUCCAGAGAGCACCUGGCUUCUCUUGCAAAGCAUAUCACUGGCUGGUCUGCCCCCCACCCCCACCCCGUUCCAUUUUAAUUGACCGUUUGGACUCCUGUCCCAGCCCUCCAGGGAGCUUCCUGCAACUCCUAGGUUCCCAGUCUCCUGGGUCAACAUUUGCUGAGAGGUCCUGGCUGGGGUCCUCUGUAUCCCCCUUUUCUCCUGGGCACGUCAGGGUGGCUCUUCCAUGAGAUGCUUUCCCUGCCUCCCCACAUGGCUGGUCACACUCCGAGUAAGGGCAGUGGUGGCACUUUCUAGGUCCUCCCUUACCUGCAGGCUCAGGAUAGACAGCUGCUGAUGUCCCAGGGCUCAGUUACUUCAGAGUCUGUCACGCCAGAGCCUGAGCUCCUCUGGGGAAAGCCUCCUCUUUGUGACUGGCCUUCACAGCCCAGCCUGGAGGCAACAGGCACGACCGAGGAUGAGCAGUGCUCAGUGAUCCCUGAGCAGACAGCCCCUGUUGGUGAGCGGUCCACCUGAACUUACUGCAACAAAGACCCAGAGUUGGGCAAUGACUCCAGAGCAGUUGUGGGAACCCUCAGAAGCCCAUGUGAGAGAGACAUGAGAAGCAACCACCCUCCCUCUCUCCCCCCACCCCCUUUUCCUUCCUUCUGGUGCUGCUCUGGAAGAGAGGCAGUGGCAGACAGAGGAGGCCCUUGGGUGGCAUUUUCAGGGCAGGAAGAAGUAUGGGAACCUAAGGAAACCCCACUGGGGACCAAGUGUCCAUCUGGUUCCUUGGAUGGAAUAAUUCCUGACCACACCAUGGAGGUCUUGCUGUCAUUAAACGCUCUGUCUCCCAUGGAAA